AUGAAAGAGAGGUAUCAUCUAUACACACUCUGGCGCCGCGAUCGCCCCAGCGAAGACCCCGAAUCAAGGCGCAUCGGUCAGGCAGCAGAGAAGCUCGACGACGAACUCAACACGUACAUAGCGACCCACGCAAAGCAAGAAUGCAUGACACUGUCCAAGAUGAUGCAGAGCAAACUACCACGGGAACUCCGCGAUAUGGUGUACGCCCAUCUACUCUCACGAGAGACUUACACCGUCGAGCGCAAAAAAAAUGAACUUUACUGGCUUUGUCCCCUACGGCAGAUCAGUUGCGAUCAUCUCUUCACGCGUGGAUACGUUCCGCUUGAUACCAUGAAAGAGAUCGGCGAGAUGUGGUACAAGGUAUCGACUUUCAUAGUCUGCGCCUCUGACAUCCCCGAACGAGCUUCAGAAGCCUUGAACUUCCUCCACGAUGACACUUGGGGCUUGGACAUUGAUGUAUACCAACAUGUCAAGCACAUCUAUGUCGGCUUCGAUUAUAUCCACGGCGUCGACGAGAUUCUUGGUCAUCUAAACGCCAAUCUCCGGAAACUUCUCUCACUAGGAGCAAAUGCGCGCGUCGUUCUAUAUCUUCAAUGUGAACACAAGCCCUGGUCGACGCUGAGAGAGCAACAAAUAAUAGCUUUUGUGAGGAAGCUUCGGCCAAUCUUCCCUGUCCUGGAGGAACUCGUCAAAGAGGGAAAGAGAAUUAUGGUCAACGUGAAGGGCCAUGAUGUGUUCGAAGUCAAGGUUGAAACACUGAAUGCGCCGAGUUGGAUCAGUCAGUUGAGCCAAAUGCUCUCAGACAAAGAUUUGAAUGAUAUCCCCAGCUAUAAGCUGAAGUGA